GCAGCUGUGGUAUUUGGAGCAAGUAUAAAUAGCUGCUUGGACAGAGCUCGGCCAAGCAGGGGUUUGUCGCUGCCGCGGCUCCGCGCGCAGGCCUGUCCUCGGCUGGCCACGGCGGCCCGUCCUGGGCGGGGAGCCCGGCGGUGGGCAGGCGGAGCACCCUGGGGGCUCGGAGCCCACAGCCCUCGCCCUCGCCACAUCUCCGGAUGCUCUUCCGGCCGGCCAUGCUGCUGGGCGGCCUCCUCCUCGUCGUGGCCGCUGUGGCUGUGGCCCAGCGGAGGGGGCAGGAGGCGAGUGGGCGCCGCCGGGCACACCGCGUCCAGCAUGGCCAGUGUAGCUACACCUUCGUGCUGCCUGAGCCGGAGCCCUGCCCGCCAGAGCCGGAGGCCUUCGGGGGCUCCAACAGCCUCCAGAGGGACUCGCCAGCGGCCGCACUGAACCUAGCCGACUGGCCGGCCCAGCGAGUGCGACAGCUGGAGAAGGUGCUGGAGAACAACACACAGUGGCUGCAGAAGCUAGAAAGGUACAUCCAGAUGAACUUGAGAUCAGAGCUGGCACAGGUCCAACAGCACAUGGUCCAGAACCAGACGGCCACCAUGCUGGAGCUAGGCACCAGCCUCUUGAACCAGACCACCGCCCAGACCCGCAAGCUGACUGAUGUGGAGGCUCAGGUCCUGAACCAGACAUCCCGAAUGGAGAUCCAGCUGCUGGAGACCUCGCUGUCCACCAACAAGCUGGAGAAACAGCUACUACUGCAGGGCCAUGAGCUCCACAGGCUGCAGGGCCGCAACAGCGCGCUGGAGACGCGGGUGCAGGCCCUGGAGACGCAGCAGCAGGCGGAGCUGGCUUCUCUCCGCGGCGAGAAGGAGCGGCUGCGGCGUCUGCUGGGCCGCCAGAGUGGCGCCCUCGCCGGCCUCGAGCGCAGCCUGCGCGCCGCCAGCGGCAACUCCAGUCUCGUGCAGCGGGAGCAGCGCCGGCUGCUGGAGUCCGUGCAGCGCCUGGUGCGCGUCGUGGCCCAGGGCCCGGCCUCUGUGAGAGCAGCUGAGCACGUGUUCCAGGACUGUGCAGAGAUCCAGCGCUUCGGGGCCAAUGCCAGUGGCAUCUACACCAUCCAUGUGGCCAAUAUGACGGAGCCCAGGAAGGUGUUCUGUGACAUGGAGGCCAAUGGAGGCGGAUGGACUCUCAUCCAGCGCCGUGAGAAUGGCAGCGUGAAUUUCCAGCGGAACUGGAGAGAUUACAAACAGGGCUUCGGUGACAUGGCGGGGGAGCACUGGCUGGGCAAUGAGGUGGUGCACCAGCUCACCAGCAGGGCAGCCUACUCUCUGCGCGUGGAGCUGCAAGACUGGGAGGGCAACGAGGCCUAUGCCCAGUAUGAGCAUUUCCAGCUGGGCAGCGAGGGGCAGCUGUACAGGCUUUCUCUGAGUGGGUACAGCGGGUCAGCAGGACGCCAGAGCAGCCUGGUCCUGCAAGGCACCAACUUCAGCACCCGUGACGCAGACAAUGACAACUGCCUCUGCAAGUGUGCCCAGAUGCUGUCUGGAGGGUGGUGGUUUGACGCCUGCGGCCUCUCCAAUCUCAACGGCAUCUACUACCCAGCUCGCCACCACACGCGCAAGCUCAACGGCAUCCGCUGGCACUACUUCCAGGGCCCCAGCUACUCGCUGCGGGCCACUCGCAUGAUGCUGCGCCCUGUGGGCAUUUGAGAGGCAGUCGCGCCCGGAGGCUGGACCCAGGGGAAGAGCCAGGGCGAGCUGGACCCCAAACACAGGGCAUAGUGCCAGGGCCUUGUCCUGGAUACCCUGGGCCUCCUGAGGCCGCUCUCCUUUCCUGCCCGGGAGUCAGAGGGUCCGCUGCCUCCCUGUUCCCCUCAAGUUGUGAGAUGGUGGGUAAUGGGGGGAUCCUGCCUCUACAGUGUCCCUCUGUCCUCUUCCCUCUGUCUCCUGCACGGGCCCCCUGCCAGCUUGAGGGUCACAACACCCUGAAUGAGCUGAGAACAGACUUCAUGUAGGUCCUCAAAGAAAUACAUGACUAACAGUCCACCCCUCCUAGGCCCCAGCAUCUGGAGCUCAGACCUGGUCUCUUGGAGGCUCCAGAAGAUCUAACAAGGAUUUCUUUACCCCCAGUGUGUCCUCGAAGGUGUUCCGGAGAGAAUAACUCAGGCUCCCCUCGAAAAGUACCUAUGGAGGGAAACACCAGCUUAAAUCAAUAUGAACAGGCAUCCAUAGCUGCAGGACUUGUCAGAGCCUUUAGUGUGGGCAUAUGCCUUCUGACUGCCUGUGAAGAGGUUAGAGUGGGCAGCUUUCUCCAAGUGUCCUUAUUGGAAAACAGGCCUUCUUUAUCCCAGAGCAUCUCUCGGGGCUGCAGAUGCCCUUGGAAAAAGUUGGUCAAGUGUGAAGAGGAGGAGCCCUAGCUCCCCACCCCCAUCUGCACUCACACUCUCGAGCUACAAGAGACACAGUGAUGGUCUCAAACAGCCUCUAAAAGCAACUGGAAGAAGCUUUGGGUUAAAGAAGACACAUGCCACCCCUGAAGAAGGAUCUAGAACUAAGUUUCCGAUCUGUGCUGUGGGCUGGGGUCCUGCCAGGCUCCUUCUGGCCCCAGGAAGCCAGAUAUCUGCCUGGUGGCUACCCUCUCAGCACUCCCUGUAGCCCUAGCCCACCUUGGCUCAAGUUUCAGGGACUGUUGGGGACUGUCCACUCUGCCUUGGGCAGGAUGCCAUCUUCAAGUCCAGAUCCUCCCAGCCUCCAAGCCAGGACCCUAGCCCUCUCCUCCCACCUGAUCCAACAGUGAUGCUGCAGUUGGGGGUUUGAGGAAAGUGGGAGUGUGGGGCAGAGCCGGCCUUGGCCUGGGUCUGGGAGACCAGGGGCUCCCCAUGAGCUUCCUUCAGAGGACAGGGUCAGAGAGGGGCCACAGCCACCCUGCCACCCACCCCCAUCACUGUCACCCUCCUCGGGCCUGGUGAGGCCAGCACCGUCCUGCUGUCUUCAGCCAACACCCAGACCAGCCGAGACCAACCUGCUCUCCCACCAGGGUACGCCUCUGUCUUCAGGUUUUCUCCUGGAUGAGGCUGGGAUGGUGGAAAUGGGCCACUUUUCCCACCUGUCCUUGAGUCCCGCAUCAGCUGAUCCCCUGGCAAAGCCAGCACAGAUUAACACUGAUCUCUUUGAAAAAAACAAAGGAUGGGGUUGCCAAUGGUGGCCUUUCAGGCAGGAGGGGGAAAUUACCGAGGGGCAGGGUGCUGCCCAGAAGGCUCACGUGGCCUCACACAGCAUUUGCUGGGCAGGCCUUCAUUUAGCAUCUACCGCGUGCCCAGCCGUGCUGCCGGCGGGACUCUGGAAUUGGACAGACCUGCUCCAGCUCCUGGACUUGAGGCCAGUGGCUCAGCCUCUCAAGGCCUCAGUUGCCUUGUCUGUGAACUAGAAAUGAUGCUCUCUCCUGGCUGGGCUGUGGCAGGAGGCAAUGAAACCGUGUAUGUCAACUUUGUAACGGGGCUCGGCAUGAGCAGGUGCCUAAUAAAGUUUAGU